CCUAAAUACUGUACUGACAUCAUUUUUCGCUGCGUAUGCGUAUAAACGGGAUCGCAACACUGUACCACAUGGUUGUAAGAUAUUUUUCUUGCUAGAAGUGCGCGGCGACGAAAUUGCGUCACUGUAACACGUUUGUAGCAUUUGAAGUGCGAAUAAUAGAAAUCGUUAGCGAUUUAAAAGAUAAAGAGAAAGAAAACGAGAAAACGCUUGAGGUUAUAUGACAAAACUGCUUAACCUUAUACUCUUUUAAUCAACACUUUUUCACUCUUAAUCAACUCUUAUAUUCCGAAUCCUAGGAUUUUUUAAAUCUUUUAUAAAGAAAUCCCCAAAAAUUGUGAAAUUGUUUCGUAAAUAUAUGAAAUGAGAGUCGGAUUUGAAUCUGUUGUCUACCGGCUAGAUAUUAUUAACAGAUGGAUGAAGUAUCGCCAAAAGCAUAUCCCCUGGCAGAUCCUUCGCUGACUAUAAAAAUACUGAAUCUGGUACAGCAAGCACUGAGCUAUGGACAACUGAAGAAGGGAGCGAACGAGGCUACAAAGUCCCUGAAUCGUGGCCUAUCUGAAUUCAUAGUUAUGGCAGCAGACACCCAGCCAUUAGAAAUAUUGCUGCACCUGCCACUGCUAUGCGAGGAUAAAAAUGUACCUUAUGUCUUUGUACGAAGCAAGCAAGCUUUAGGACGAGCCUGUGGCGUCUCAAGGCCAGUGGUAGCUUGUUCGGUAUUGAUUAACGAGGGCUCGCAAUUGAAACCUCAAAUCAAAGCCAUUCAGCAAGAAAUUGAGAGGCUUUUAAUCUAGAUAAGACUUAUAUCUGUUAUUUUUACAUACCUCAUUAUUAAUAACAUAUAAUGUAAAUCUUUAUUGCUAUUCUAAACAUUUGAAAUAAACAACUCCCUUUAUGCUAUAUUUAUAAGAAAUGUAUAAAUUGCACGAUCUCUUUUAUGAAUGAAAUGUUUUGUACACAAAUUAAGACAAAUUUAAAACAUUUAAUAAAAAGAACAAAAC